AUUUCUGGAGUGAAGCUGACCCCCGAACCCCGGGGAGACUUGGGUAGAACCUGAGGGCAGAGAGUGGGGCGAGGUAGCUGCCUACGCCUAAAACCAAGUAUGGGGUCGUCUCAGGCCUGAGGGAGCCUGGGUUUCAGUUCUGGCUGUCCAGGACUGGCUCCUUGACCCUGGAUAGUUCUCUUUCUUUUCUAGAUCUUACUGUUCUCUUCUGUAAAAUGGAGAACUUGGGCUUCAGCCCACUGUCUUUCAAGGUUUUUCCAUCCUAAAAUGCCUCUAACGGGCCUUCUUAUGGUCUCUUGUUGGCUUCCCAGUUAACAAAGAAAAACAGAACAGUACUUUCUCUCUUUCUGUCAUGAAUCUCGGUGAUGCACCUAGAGCUGGGCACUCAGCAUCUGCAGAGAUGGAGACCUUUGCUCAGCAGGACCUGAGGGUACUUUCCUUUGCAGGAACUCUCCACCUAGCUGAGAAAGAGGAGUUGAACUUACUCAAGAUGGGUAAAUGGAAGGUCUGGUUAAAAUGCAGAAUCUACAAAGGGAACUCACAGAAGCCAGGGAGCCCAUAACAAGUUAGUGGCAGGGGCCUCCGGGCUGUAUUCACUGCCUUUGCUCCACCUUCAUCCUGGUAUCUGUCUCUCCCUCUGGUGCUGCCCUAGGGCUGGCAUGGAGCUGAGCUAGAUGGGGGGCCGGGGGAGGACGGCCUCAGGACCUUGGAGUCUUGCCAAUCUCUUGCCCUCCACAGCCUCCGGGUUAGAUGAGGGGCUGCACUGUGAGUGCACAGGCUGAGGGUAUAAAAUGCCAGCUGCCCUGCUGGGCCCCUUUCUCCUUGGCACUUUGCCAAUCCAAGGAGCCUCCUUCCUCCAGGAAGCCUCCUUGAAGAGCCUUCCCCCACCCCUAGGCGCUCCCUCUUCCUACCUUGUUUGGUACAUCUGUGUUCCAUAAUUCACUUUCUAAGAGUUUCUUCCCACCAGAUGGUGACCUCCAGGAGGGAGGGAGGGAUGAGCAGGCCUUUAGGUUUUAUUUCUGGUUUCAUAGUCAGGAAAGUACAGGGGCCAACCCUAGGAAGUUCUUUGGGCAUGUGCGUGGAUUAAAAAUAACGACAGCUACGUUCCUUCAGUGAUUCCUGUUUGCCCAGUGUUGUUCUGAGUGAUUUACAUGUGUGGGCUCUUUAAACCUUGCAGCACCCUGAAGUUACCAUCAUUAUCCCCACUUACAUGUAAGGAAACUGAGGCAGUGAGAAGUAACUUGCUAAAGGUCACACAGGUGGGAAGUGACAGGACCAGACACGUAAGUUAGUCAGUAAAAGAAACAGCCUCCAGGUGAAUGAAUGAAGUCUGCCAAUUAGAAGUUUGUGGGCGGCUAAUGGGGCCAACUAGGGUGCUGUGGCUUCUUCCCAAAGACAGUGCCUCGUUUGGGGAUUUUGCAAUUAAUAAGAGCUUUCUGUACAGCCUGGAAGGAUACCGUGUAGUUCUAGCUUAUGUAUGGCCCUUCCUGGCUUUUGGGUGCCUUCCAGCCCUUUUUGAGACCCCACUACUGCUUCUCUGGGCUGCAGGCUCCUAGCUACAAUGUCCCGGGUUCCUUAUCUGGAAUGUGGACCUAAGAGUUACAUCUACUUUGUGGGCCUAGAAGGUGAUCAAAUGAAGCAGUGAAUGGCUUUGGUGAUUAUCAAGAGCAGGGCAUACACCUUUGUGGCUAUUUUUGUUACUUUCCUGCUCCUUUGGGAGUACAAGGUAGGAGGAAGGAGUGGUAAGAUGGAUUAGUAAAUGCUCAUUGUAUUUAGGAAUGCCCUCUAUGGGCCAGGCCUUGGCCUAGGUGAGGAGGAGAGGGUUCUGCUCACCCCAUUCUAGCAUCUCAGGGACACUGGGAUUGGUUGCUCGAUCUUGUGCCCUUAACUCUCUCUCUUUUUACAGUAAUUUUAGGAGUAGGCUCAGAGACAGCCAGACUGAUGCAAAGGCAUGGAGAUUAUGGGCUUGGAGCCAGAUGGCUUGGGUUCAUUCAUCUGGCUUCAGAGGUGAGAGACACCCAGCCUUGGGUAGUUAGCUUCACAUCUUUAACCCUCGGUUUUCUCUCCUAUGCAAUAGGAAAGACAUACCGAGGAAAGGGGCCCAUAUGCUGAGCAGGUACGAGAUGUCAAGUUCAUCUUUCCUUCUGUUACAGCCACCAGACAGCUGCACCAGGCAAGUGAAGCUGAGGUGACCACUGCAGAAUGAACCGCAGCCCUGAGAAGGGGAAGUAGAAGGCCGCUGGCGCUCUACCAUGGCCUGUGAACCACAGGUGCACCACGGGGCGGCUGGCCCCUUGCCUACCACCUCUCCUGGCUGGGGCUCCCUGCCUGCAGGGACCCCUCCUGGCUGGGGGCAAGAGCUCCACAAUGGCCAGGUCCUCACAGUUCUCCGGAUUGACAAUACCUGUGCACCCAUCUCCUUUGAUCUGGGAGCAGCGGAGGAGCAGCUGCAGACCUGGGGCAUUCAGGUCCCGGCUGACCAGUACAGGAGCUUGGCUGAGAGUGCCCUCUUGGAACCCCAAGUGAGAAGAUACAUCAUCUAUAACUCCAGGCCCAUGCGACUGGCCUUUGCUGUGGUUUUCUACGUGGUGGUGUGGGCUAAUAUCUACUCUACCAGCCAGAUGUUUGCCCUAGGGAACCACUGGGCAGGCAUGCUGCUUGUGACCCUGGCUGCAGUGAGCCUGACCCUGACUCUUGUGCUUGUGUUUGAGAGACACCAGAGGAAGGCCAACACCAACACGGACCUGAGGCUGGCAGCUGCCAACGGAGCCCUCCUGAGGCACCGGGUGCUGCUGGGAGUGACCGACACGGUGGAAGGAUGCCAGAGUGUGAUCCAGCUCUGGUUUGUCUACUUCGACCUGGAGAACUGUGUGCAGUUUUUGUCUGACCAUGUUCGAGAAAUGAAGGCUAGCCAAGAGUCUCUGCUGAGAAGCAGACUGAGCCAGUUGUGUGUUGUCAUGGAGACAGGGGUGAGCCCCACGACAGAGGAGGGGCCUGAGAACUUGGAGGAUGCUCCUCUCUUGCCCAGCAGUCCUUGUCCUAAGGAGAGACCACUCAUGCAGACUGAGCUUCACCAGCUUGUUCCUGAGGCCGAGCCAGAGGAAAUGGCCCGGCAGCUGCUGGCAGUGUUUGGUGGCUACUACAUCCGGCUUCUGGUGACCUCCCAGCUUCCCCAGUCAGUGGGAACACGACACACAGACUCUUCCAGGGUUCCAUGUCCCUGCCAGCUCAUAGAAGCCUACAUCCUGGGCUCGGGGUGCUGCCCAUUCCUGGCCAGGUGACCUAGGGAUGAAGAUACUCAUCUUCCUCCGAGACUGAGAUGUGGGGGAGGCUUCAGGAGCCCAACAUGGCCAGUGGUGAGCCCCCAGUGACAGCAGCAUCUGGGGCACUGAAAAGGGGCUUGGUCAUGUCAGCAAAGGGGUAUUGUGCUCACAGCAGGGCCAUGCACAGAAUGUCUUCUCAAGAUCUCAUGCUGAGCCCUGGCCUUUGCAGAAGCUGAUGGGCAGUGAGCUGGUCCCAUCCCGAGCUACCCUGUGCUGCUCAGAACCAUGGACAUGGAUAGAAUGUCUCCCAUCCCUCCCACUAAAGCCCAGGAGAUACAAACAUGGCAACUGGGGGAAUCAUGUGUCCAAAGCAUGGUCUCAGAUGAAGCUUCGAUCCUGUCCCUAACCCCUUGUGUCAGUUGGAGAAACUGAGGCCCAGAGAGGACACUGUCUUUGUGGCAUUGCUGUGGACCUCUCAAAUUAUAAGACUGCCUCUUCCCAACCUGAAGAAAAGUUUUCAGAACUCUCUCCAUUUGUAUGUUUUUCUUUCCCAUAUUUUAUGAAAAAUAGUGACAUCUAGCACAUAGGCUGCUGAAGACAGAUGGAAGAUGGGAGUCAGAAGAAGACAAAGGGCAGAUAACUGUUAAUGUGAAUAUGUGAAAAAGACUGAUCCUGUUUGACUUGAGGAUUGAUUUUGUUCAAU